AUGAACAUAAAGAAACGAUUUUGUUUUAGGUCGGGCAAACACAAUGAAGGAAAACAAACAUACAUAGGAGAUGUCCUGGUGUUUUUCAACCCCUUCAAAAGCAUCGACAUAUAUGGAACGGCGGAACACAAGAUCUACACGGAUGUCUCGGUGCGAGGUAAUCUAAAGCCACAUCCAUUCUGGAUGGCAGACGAUGCACAUCGACGCAUGCUCCGUACACGCCGAACGCAAUGCAUUCUGGUCAGCGGCGAAUCCGGUUCCGGGAAGACAGAGAGCGUGAAGCACAUAAUCAGUCACGUGACACAUAAAAGUGUCAGCAUUCAUCCAUUCCUCGACAUAAAAAUAAACGAGGUGAAUCCAUUACUGGAGGCUUUCGGAAACGCCCAGACAGCCAUGAACGAUAACUCUAGCAGAUUUGGAAAAUACCUUGAGUUGCGGUUCACAGCGAACGGCAAGCUGGCAGGAGCGGUUCUCACCGACUACCUGCUGGAGAAGACCCGGAUCGUACAGCAGGGACCAGGGGAACGCAACUUCCACAUCUUCUACUACAUGUUCGCGGGCAUGAACCGUGAGGAGCUGAGAGGCUACCACCUGCAGUCCCCGGAAACAUACAGGAUCUUGAGGAAGGACAAUCGGAACCAGCCGAUAUUCCAGAGCACACGAGACAUGGAAAACAACCGGAAUAUGUUCCACAAACAACUCAACGUCAUGAAGUUAGUCGGCUUCUCCGACUGGGAAAUCUCCAUGAUAUUUACCAUCUUGUCGGCUGUGCUGCACGUGACCAACAUCUCGUUUGCGCGAGACGAGAUCACAGAAAAGGCCGUGUUUACCGAGACCAAUAACGUCGCCGUUGUGAGUCAGCUUCUGCAGGUGAACUUUGACCAGCUCGCCGAAUCUCUCAUUUCCUCUGUCAGCACAGCUAGAGGCGGGAAGGUGAUCAUCCCGAAGACUGCCGAGCAGGCCGCCGAUGGUCGUGACGCGUUGGCGAAGACUUUGUACGCCCGACUGUUCGGCUGGAUUGUCCGCCAGGUCAACCAGAGACUACAGCCCGACAAAGAGUACACAUUUUGUCCUGGCCCGAGUAUUGGUAUUCUGGACAUGCCCGGAUUUGAGAACCUCAAACUGAACAGCUUUGAGCAGCUGUGUAUCAACGUCGCUAACGAGCAGAUGCAGAGUUUCUUCAACGACCACGUGUUCGUCCUGGAAAGGCGGGAAUACGAGCGUGAGGGAGUGUCAUGGCGGAACAUCAACUUCCGGAACAACCAGGAUCUCUUGGACGUGCUCAUUAUGAAACCACUGAGCAUAUUCGCCUUUGUGGACGAAGAGUCAAGAUUUCCCAGAGCUACAGACCGGACGUUGGUGGAAAAGAUUACGUCACACUUCCGGAAUCCUCGCCUCGUUUCCAAAUCGAAAUCCGGGGAGGUUGCGUUCUGCGUGCAUCACUACGCCGGGACGGUUCAGUACCAAGCCGUGGGUUUCCUGGAGAAGAAUAGAGACUACGUGUCUGUGAGUCUGGUGGACUGUCUCAAGUUCAGUACGAACCAGCUCGUCAGUGACCUCUUCAAGGCGCACAUGUCAAGGACGGGAACCAUUUCCUGUUCGUUCAGCACGAAGCCUCGGUCAAAACCCCGUGGAGUGAAUGAUGCUUUCGCUGAUGACAGAUAUGAUAGAUCUCAGAAAGAAAAACCACAGACAACCGUGUCGCAAUAUUUCAAGAACUCUCUCGUGGACUUGAUGACGCGGAUGAAUUCCUCCCAGCCUCAUUUCGUUAGGUGCAUCAAACCUAACGAACAGAAAUCGCCGGACAAAUUCCAAGUAGAACAGGUUGUGAAUCAGCUCAAAUCGAACGGGAUCUUCGAGAUCUCCCGAGUACGCCAGAUGGGCUUCCCCCUGAGAAUCGAGUUCGAGGAAUUUGUAGAAAAGUAUAAACUAUUGGCCUUUCCUCCCACACAUCAUGUGCCUCCAACCUCUGAAAGUUGUGACACUAUAGCCAAGAUUACAGGACUUGAAGAAUACGAACUUGGUACUACAAAGAUAUUCCUCAAGUAUUCCCACGAAGACAGGUUGAACGCGUUACUGAAACAUCUUGACCAGAAGGCCACGCUCAUCCAAGCAGUGGUUCGAGGAUUCCUCGCCAGGAGGCUGCGUCAGAAGUUGCAGGCUCUCCGCAAACAGAAACUACUUAUGGACGACUUCAACUUCGUCUCAUCGCAAAACAAGAACAGUGACGUCAUCAACGAGAAACUCAGACACAAAAUCCAAAAUUUUAAGGAUGAUGACAUUGUGAUUAUCAAAAAUCUGAAUCAGAACAACACGAAACCUGCAAUUCCUGGAGUGGAUGUUGUAAAGAAUGACGCCCCAGUAAAAGUGAUGAGCUCCUCAGAAAGGUUCGGCCCGACAGAUACUGGCCGUAUGUCUGCCGGCGAAGAUGACACGAAACGACGCAAACGUCGGCGGAAGCGCAACAACUCACAGAAGUCAACGACGACGACGUCGGAGAGUACGGCGACGACGAACUUGUCGAGUACCCCGAUUGUGGAUGAGACGAGCUUCCAGCCAUGGGAUGUGUUCAAGACGGUAUCCAGACGUAGUGAGACGAUCUACGAAACUACGACCAACUGGUUUGAAGUGGCCGCCAAAACGCUCAAAGUAUUCGCCUAUUUAUUUAUUUUCCUCUGUGUCUUGUCCAGUGCGCUUGCCAGCAAAGGAAGUCUGCUGUUAAUGACCCACGCUAUUGGAAACACAAAGCAGGGCUGGGAGAACCGAGACCGCUUCGUGUACAUGGUUAUAGCAAUAGUAUGUCUUCCCUACCUUAUUACGUUUUUUGAAUGUCUCUUCAAGGCCUUAUUUGGCAACUCACCUAGACCGUCCUUUGGAAAUAUUAUGUGGAUUCUGUUUAUGGAGACGCUGCACUCCUUUGGUCUCUGCUUGUUCCUCUUCCGCGUCUUGCCGUGUCUGGACACCGUGCGCUGCCUUCUGCUCAUGAACGCCCUGUGCACCCUGCCUUCCAUUCUCAGACUGUUCGCCACGAAACGCUCCGAAGACGCCAAACGCAAAGUGGCUACAAUAAUACUGGACUUCCUGGCUGUCUUGAUGCAGCUGUCGGCAUUUGUGAUAGUCCUCGCUUCCAUGAAAUCCGAAUGUGUCAAACACACCGACGCUGAUGACGACGAAAAAUCAAACGAGAUUCCCCGGACCUUGCCGAAGACUGGCGAGACGCCUUGGCUGUCUUCGUACUCGUUAUCGGACAUGUCCUGGGAGAUCCCGCUCGCCAUGCUCCUCCUGUCGACCAAUUGGUGGGAAAACUUCAUCGACAAGGACAUCCGGAUCGGGUGCAUACAGAUCCCCGUGAAGAACUACAAGGACGACUUGUAUCGAGUCCGCGUCAAAUCCUACAUCCUCUCGAGUCUCUGGAAAGUCGGCCUCACGUUCGGUUUCGCCUUUCUGUUGGUCCCGAACCUCAGUAUGGUCCACGUCACCUUCGGAUCCCUGUUCGAGACGCCCGCAGAGUUCACAAUGUCCAACGCAAGCACCCUGGAACCUAAGAUUCUCUCCAUCCCGAUAACCACGGCUCCACCCAUCGCCGUUUCCGACCAGCCGAUCGGCAACGCGAUCACCGCAGACGACCUUCCGUUCAUGGUCAUGGAAAGGUUCAACUGCUCGCUCCAGAACAGGACUAUGAACGGGAACGUCAACGAGACGGUGUGCGACACGAAGUACGUCGACCCCUGGCGGCAGUGGUGGACAUACAUGCCUUUCCUCAUGCAGAUCGUCGCCUCUGGACUCUGCUACUACUUCGCCAGACUUGCCUGCAAGCUCUGCAUGCAGAGGUUCUCGUUUGCGAUUCCGCUCAGCUUGGCUACCCCGGUUUCCGUGGCGACCAUCAUCACCGUCUGCUACCUGAAACCGGAAAGGACCGAACUGAUGGAGGACUUCCUAAUGUGGGCCUGCACGGGGCAAGGGCCGGAACGGAAGUGGUUAAUAUGGCAUCUGGGACUGGGAUUCGGGCUGUGGUGGUCCUCACAGCUGUGGAUUACUCGUUACAUCUGGACGCCAAAAGCGCCCAGACUUGCCUUCACUGAAAGACUGUUCGUCCUGCCCAUGUAUUGCGGUGCGCUCAUCGAGCAGUCUCUGCUGCUGAACCGACGUCGUAACGACAAGGAGCGCAUCCUCAAGGAGAUGGCCUUCAACGAUGACGCCUCCAUGGACAGCAACUCGACGGACGCCAUGCGCAAACAGCGCGAGCAAAUCGUGCCCAAGAUCUAUGUCUGCGCAACCAUGUGGCACGAGACUGAGAACGAGAUGACGCAACUCCUCAAAUCACUCUUCCGACUUGACAUUGAUCAGAGUGCUCGGCGAAACGCCCAAGACUAUUUCAACGUACAAGACCCGGAUUAUUACGAAUUUGAAGCACACAUCUUCGUUGACGACGCCAUGGAUUUCAACGACAGCGAUACGUGGAUGCCCAACAUGUUCGUCAAACAGCUGGUCGAGACCAUCGACUGGGCCGCAUGUCAAAUCCACGAGUCAGAGAUCAAACUGAUGCCGCCCGCCAAGAUCCCGACACCGUACGGCGGUCGUCUGGUGUGGACGAUGCCUGGCGGGAACAUUCUCAUCGCUCACCUGAAAGACAGACAGAAGAUUCGCCACAAGAAGAGAUGGUCACAGGUGAUGUACAUGUACUACCUGCUGGGCUACCGUCUGCUGGGACAACAGGACGAGCACUACAACAGCAGCUCCACGCUGGAGCGGUCCGCGGACGAGAGGUGGAGGAACUCAGCCAGUCACUUCGUCAAGGGAAACCUCUUCAAGUAUAUCCCCGAGAAGGUCCUCGUACAGGCUGAGAACACGUUUAUCUUGGCGCUGGAUGGAGACGUUGACUUCAAGCCUCACGCUGUACAGCUGCUGGUGGACAGGAUGAGGAAGAGUAAGAAAGUGGGAGCAGCUUGUGGACGAAUCCACCCAAUAGGAUCAGGACCAAUGAUUUGGUACCAGGUGUUUGAAUACGCUGUCGGCCAUUGGCUUCAGAAGGCUGCUGAACACAUGCUGGGUUGUGUUCUGUGUUCACCGGGGUGCUUCAGCUUGUUCCGAGGUUCCGCUCUCAUGGACGACAACGUGAUGAGGACCUACGCCACCAGACCGACAGAGGCCAGACACUACCUGCAGUAUGAUCAAGGUGAAGACAGGUGGCUGUGUACACUGAUGCUUCAACAGGGCUACCGUGUGGAAUACUGUGCAGCCUCGGACGCCAUGACCCAUGCUCCUGAAAGGUUCAAAGAAUUCUUCAACCAGCGACGUCGAUGGAUCCCAUCUACACUGGCCAACAUUAUGGAUCUUCUGCAGAGCUACAGGACCACUGUGACCAUCAACGACAAUAUCUCCUAUCUGUACAUGGCCUACCAAGGGCUGCUCAUGCUGUCGACGAUCCUUGGGCCUGCCACUGUGCUUCUCAUGAUGGCUGGUGCCUUCAAUGCUGUUAUCCGGACGAGUCUCUGGCAGUCCUACCUUCUUGCUGUUGGUCCAACGGUCAUGUUCUUACUCUGCUGUUUCGUGUGUAAAGUGGAGACACAGCUGAACAUUGCUGCAAUACUCAGUGCUGUGUACUCAUUGCUGAUGAUGGCUGUUGUUGUCGGAACUCUGGUCCAGAUUGCCGAGGAUACGAUCAUUAGUCCCAAUGCUGUUUUCUUGCUGAUGCUGUUGGCCAUAUUCAUCAUUGCUGCAUGCUUCCACCCACAAGAGUUCAUAUGCCUUCUGCCUGGUGCUCUGUACUUCCUGUGCAUCCCAUCUGGAUACGUCAUUCUGAUGGUCUACGCCAUGUGUAAUUUGCACAUUGUGUCCUGGGGAACUAGAGAAGUGGCGACAAGGAUUCCGGAUCCAAAGCAGGUGUUAAUAGCAAAGGCAAGCGUGUCGAAUCCGUGGAUGACAUGGUUGGUGAAGCACGAAGAGGACAAUGCAUGCUGUGGAGGAUUGUCUCGCUUCUUUAAGAGAAUCUGUGGACACCAGACCCGCGACCUGAACACCGAAAUGCUGAGACAGGUUAUGGAAAAACUCGACAAGGUAGAGGCUGGCAUGCGAACUGUCACGUCAACCACUUCCAGCUUCCAGCACCAACGACGUCGAUCUUCAUCGCGGUCACGACGAUCCAAGCGUUCCAACAAUAUCAACGACAUUGAGGAAGAGGCAGAGAAUGGUGAUGCUUCUGGAACAACAACAUCGUCAGAUGAAGACGAGCACAUACUCGAGGAGGAACGAGAUGAACUGAUCAACCCAAAAUGGCUCGACGACCACGGACUAAAGAAUGGCGAGGUGCAGUACCUCCCAAUGCGAGAGAUUGAAUUCUGGCAGCGGUGCAUUGCAAAGUACCUCCAUCCCAUCAGUCAGGACAGAGCCCACGAGACCAAGAUUUCAAACGAUCUGAAGGCGAUGAGGAACAACGUGGCGUUUGCGUUCUUCAUGAUGAAUGCCUUCUGGAUGAUCAUCAUCUUCAUGUUGCAGAGCGUCAAGGACAAAGUCAGCAUCCCGAUCCCGAGACCAGGACGAGAUCCUCUUCCCAUCGAACCGCUUGGCCUCGUCUUCCUCAUCGUGUUCGCCUUCCUUCUGAUGCUCCAGUUCGCUGCUAUGUUGAGGCAUCGAUACGGAACCAUGCUGCACAUCCUGGCUUCCACGGAUCUCCGCUGCUGCAGGAAGAGGUACGACCCCAAGAAGCACAUACGCGAGGCUGUGGAAUAUGCCAGAAUGCUGCAGCGUCUGCGGGGACUGGACGACGACUUUACAGACCAGGAUUACGACUACAACAACCUGUAUUCGAGCAGUGGCGAGUUCACGCCGUCCAACGGUCCUAUCAGAACGUACGAGGAUAGCGAUGUGCCGAACCCCAAUCCUGCAGAUCCUUCCUUCCCAGCCAUGUUUGAGAAUCCAAGUUUUGCAGAGUCGAGUGCUAAUAUCCAACACGGCGAUGAGGAGCAGCCCAAGAAACGAGGCAACCGAGUCCGCAGAAGUCGCUCUACCAUUGUGGACAAAAACAAUACACUCAGACGUGUCUUUGUUAGACGUUACACGAAGCUGCUGCGUCAGCAUUCUGCUGACGUAAAUAGUGCAGAGUCCAAUAUGAACGCAUUCUUUAAUGGCGGAGGCGGUUCGGUAAGGGUAGGUUCAACUAGAGAUGUUAGCCCUAAGAGGGAGACUGCAGAAGACAUUGUAGCUCGCUUUAACAAGUUGAACAGGUGAUAAAAGUUCCAUGACAUAUUAUAUAAUGCAUCCUUUUGCACAAAUUAUCGAAAUAGUGAUUGUGCGGGAGUGACAAUACCGUAGACGUUGUAAAACAAAAACUGAUAAAUCUUGUGUAUAAACAUUAAAAAUACAGGAAGAAAAACAUUGUGAAACAAUGUGUAAUGUUUUCUUCCUGAAACAAAUCCUGCACGUUCCAUUUAUGGACUGACACAUUCGCCUACCUAGACGACAUUGGAGAAUGCUUGCUAUUUCGAUGGGUGAAAGCUUCGUUGAAAACACACAAGUAGGUACUUAAUGAUGGAAAGAUCCACACCCAAAGAAAAAAGGGUGUUUUCUGCAAGUCCGACAAUGACAUGUGCAUGACGUCACAUCACGUCUGCCUAAUUUGAACAAUGUUCGAUGAUUAAAUGUAGACGACAAAGAAACCUUGUGUGAAAACAAUCAAGCAAAAAACAAAAUUACAACAACAAAAAAUUAAUCGUCUGUCACCUGCUUUUGAGACUGCAAAGUGUUCUAUGUUAUUUUUAGUAAUAAGUUUCUAUCUAAACGUAUCAUUGUGGGCUACAAUGUGCAAUAGCUUUUUGACUGCUUUUGUGGGAGAGGCGAGUGCAUUUCUUUUCUUCUUUUUUUCUCUUUUUUUUUGAGGUCGAAACCAUAAUCAUGUGAAGCUGGUUGGCUUGGUUAUUAAUUUAUUUCAGACGAUUGUUGCUCAGCUUCCUUGAAAUGUCACCACUUGAUGAAGAAGUGCGCGUGGCAUCGUGCUCUUGUGAUACAAUAUUACCAUGUUUUAUUGCUUUUUACGAAUGCAUAUAAAUGUGUAUGUGUGUGCGUGCGUGCGUGCAUUCGUGUGCCUGUUUGUUUUUGGCAUGCUUGUUAAUGCUCUGUUUAUAUUGGUGGAAUUUGCCACAUGGCCGGUGAAAUGUAAAUUCUCGGUAAUGUGUGGUUAUGAAUAAAACGAAAACGAAGAAGGCAGACUCCAUGAAAAUAAAAAAUAUUUACUGAUAAUAAGUAAUUAAAGUUAGUUGGAAUCUAGAAUAUAUAGACAGCUUUUUAAAUAAAAACAAAUUUCAAAUGAAUCUGUGGCCAAAGUGCUAGGAAUUAUUGCUUGGUACGGUUCAUAGCCGAAAUUGGGGGGUGGGGUGGGUGUGGGUGGCAGAUUAAUAAAUAUGAAAUGUGUUUUUUGUGUGAUGUCUGUUUAUUUGAUAUUAAAAGUACGUUUACAUGUUAAGGCCCGUAGCUGGAGUUGGUUGGGGAUAAAAAUUAAAGAUGAAAUCGAUUGUAGAUCCUUAUUUACAGAUAUGAAAUAAUUGUUUGGGGAUUUUUUUAAACAAGAAAGUAGAAUGAAAGAAAGAAUUAAUUGUAGUGUAUAUUUUGGAGUUCUUGGCUGCGGGCAUUUGUCUACGCAUGUACAUUUAUUUGAUGCAGUAUAUUGUAUAGCUAGGUGUAUGUAACAAUUUUAUAUAUGUGUAUUUGUAUAUUCUAGUCUUUACUAAGCACUGUUUUCUACCGACUUAAAGAAAAAAAGAGAAGACAUAUUGUACAGAUGUAACAGAAUAAAAUAUUUUCUUUUUACUUUUAAGAUAAAGAAUCAUGUACCAGUGUUCACGUUAUUAUAUGCUGUACAAACCUUUGAUAAAUGUCAUGAUGCAGUUGUUGAAAGUGUUAAUUUACUGUCUGUUGCGACCAAAUGCAUACACGCUCUUGGUGAUGAUAAUGCGAACUAUUUUGAAUAAAUUUAUUUAUGCACUGUA